CGCGUACAGGCCACGCCCACUUCGGAAUACCAGGAAGUGGUGCACUGCAAUGUUUUUAAUGAGCUCAGUUGAUAUACUCAGUGUUUUAACUCAAUGUUUAUUUUCUGGCAAUAUUCUCUGAUAGGAUUUAUAAACUUAUAAGCUGCGACUGCAUGAGUUUAAUAAUAGCGCUAAGUUUCAGUUUGCAGUUUGUUUGUCUGUUGUGGACAAACUUUUAUUUCCAGCACAAACAUCCGCCUUCGCAGCAUCAUGAGACACUUUGCUCAUCCAGCUGCUUUGGCUUACUCCAUGACAACGCUUGGUGCUGCCAUGAUGAACAGCGUUUUUAGUUUCUACUAUGUGAAGCUAUUCUUGAAUAGGUACAGAAUAUCAGAGACAGCCUUUCACCAGUCGCAGGUUGUCUAUAUGAUCUGGAAUGCACUCAAUGACCCCUUGUUUGGAUAUUUGCAAGACAACUCACGCAUGGAGUGUUGCUCACGGCGGAGGCUCUCCAUUUUAUAUGGAGCCCCCCUGUACUGUCUGUCUUUCUUGCUGGCGUGGUUCCCGUGGAGGGCAUAUGAAGCAGACGAUUGGUUGAGUGGCGUCCACCUAAUGGUGACCCUCUGUGCGUUUGAUGGCAUGCUCACAUUCGUGCUGUUAGCCCAGUGUGCCCUCUUCGCAGAGAUCUCUGGACACCAUCAGAACAGACUGAGGCUGAUCAAAUACAGCCAGGUGGCAUCUCUGGUGGGCUCGUCUAGCGUACUGUUCAGCGGUCUCAUCUCCGCAAACAUGGACAACUUUGCUGCCUUCCAGGGCUUCAGCGUGGUGAUAGCCAUGUUGGCCUGCGUCUGCAUGUUGUACACGGGCUUCCACAGUGAGAGUCGAUUUGACAGUAAAACCUCCGAGGACAGUUCCUCAGAAAGUUUUCAGAAGCAGCCGCUCUCAGUGUCGUCUGUGAUGUCCAUGACCUGGCAGAUCCUUACCAACAGAGACUUCCUACUCUUUGUCAUCAUGAACUUUUUCCAGGUGUUCUUGCUGGCUUUUUACAAUAACUUCACCUUGAUAUUUGCGGAGCAUCUCAUUCCUCAGGAUGUCCUGCCAUCGCUUGCCAAGAGCGUCAUGUAUGGAGCGGGAUUCAUCUGCCCUCAGUUAUUGGUUUUGUGCAGCCAGAAUUUUCUCCAUAAGUUUGGCUACUACAAACUCAUCCUGAUCAGCUUCUAUGUGGAGGCCGGAGCUGCAGUCAUCAUGUUGCUGUUGGGUCCAGGCAGCUACUAUUUCCUUGCAUUGUUCCUCACUUCCAGCAUGGUCCUGGUUCAGGCGUCCUUCAGUCUCUUCAAUUUGCCUCUGGCUGACAUCAUCGACUCUGACCUGCAGAAAUACAAACGCAGCUCUCCCCUCUCAUCUAUGGUUUUCGGGACCAACGCUCUGUUCACGAAGCCGGCUCAGUCUCUGGCUCCUAUGAUGGCUGUGUGCAUCCUGAACCAGUAUGGCUAUGCGGAAAUGCAUGAGGUUGGGAAGGCUGCGGAUCCAAUUGCUCUUGAGUCCCUGCACAGCAUGAUGUUUUACCUGGUGUGUGUGGUGCCGCUGUGUGUCACAGCCCUGCAGGUGCUGGCGUGGAGGCCCUUCUCCAUACGGGACAGCCAUACACUGGACGCAAAGUACAUCGAUGGGUGAAUUUAGCUCAUGUUGUUCUAUUUGUGUGCCCUCAUGUGCAACAGGUUAUUUAUAUUUUGAUUUUGAUUGUCAAACUACAGACUGUACUGUAGUGAGAAAGGGAAUUUGUAAAUGAAUCAAGAGUCAGGGAUCUUUUAUAAUGGGAAAGCCGGUCUGUUUUUUUAGAGGUGUUGGUUCUCCGGCUGUUUUUAUUGUUUGAAGUAUUUGCUCAGAUUACGUCACACAAAUGCAAGAAAGUUUAUGGCAAGAAAUCAGAUACAUUUUCUGAAAUGUAGCAAACUGGUACAGUCUGCCAGCCAUUCUCAAAAAAUAAACCCUGACACUGUGAUCAUGUGAAGUGAAGUGGAGGCGUCUUGUAUCUUCAUGAUAAUGACCGACUGUCUGUACAUUUUCUCGUUACUCGCCAAAUAAAUAAAUAAUGUAUGUAAAAA